CCGUCAAACCUACGUCGGGGAGGAAGCAGCAAAUCACUUGAGGGAGAUCCUUCUUCAGCCACUAGGUCAGGUGCAGAAGUCUAAGUGGAGUACCGGCAAUUCGUUUUCAAACGUAGGAAAGGUGCUGUCCAGCACACUGCUUUUCUUUUUACCUUUAUUCCUAAGAGCAAAAGAAGGUAAACGACAAAUCACACUCCUAUGCUUUGCUUGCAUUAAUUCUUGGAAUUGCUGGGGUGGCAUGACCAGAGUAAUCUAUGCCCUCGCUCUACUGCUUAUGUUCAGAUUCCUAAGCUGGCAGAAUUCUAUCCUGAAAAUUGCUUCACCAGGAAGUAAAGUUCUUUCCGUUCCUGCUUUUUCUUCGAGUUGAAGGAGCCUUUGGUUUCACCGUUUUACGCUUUGAACCUGGACCUGCUUUCUUUCUUCAGCACAAGCGCACACUCCCAGCGAAGUAGCCCCCGCAGCCUCCCGCAGCCCCGUAGCCUCCCGCAGCCUCCUUUGACGGAGGUUUGACGGAGGUGGCGAAGCAACCCUAGCGAAGCAACCUACUUUGACGUAGGUCUUUGACGAGGGGCUUUGACGCGGGUUUGACGGAGGUGACGAAGUAACCCCUUGAGGGUGUGGGCUUGAGUAAAGCAGCAAAUUUGUUUCACUAGCAAAGCAAUUGUCCGAAUGAAGCGUCUCAUCUUUAUCACAAAUGCUACGAAUCCAGAGACUUCCUCUGCAUCAUCAUCCUCGUCUGUUUCGCUCUCGCUCCAAGCAAACCAAUAAGGGAGUAUUCACACAUUCAGCUUUUGUGUGCCCCUAGCGAAGCAACCUUUGCAUUAAAAACAUUUGAAGUCUCUUCUCUAAAAAAGGGCAGUGCUCAGCUUUGCCAUAUCCCUACACUGUUGUUCUCCCUUCUUUGACACACGAUCACGAUUUGUUGUUGUGUUCUGUGUAAAAGGGUUUUUCCUACUUUGUCCAUUCUUCUUUACUACUUUGCCAAAGUUUCUAGCAAGCAGUGUGCUGCCGAUUGAAUCUUCAAUAUCUCUCUUGUUGUCUUAGUGUGUGCUGCAGCAAUGCUUUUUCUCGGACUUCUCAGUCUCCAUUUCAUACGCUUGUAGGUGACCUACAACAACAUCAAACGCAAGGGUAUCUGUGUCAUUCAUGGCUUGCGAAGGGCUGCUUCGCCGGGAGUGUGCUACAGAACAGAAGCUUUUUGACUUUUGUCUUUGUCUUUCAUUUUGAGCAGCAUUGGCAAAGCACAGAUGAAUUGUUCAAUGGUCUCUCUUUCCUCCGUGAAGCCAGCAGCAUAUCAAUACGAGAUCUCUUUACACUUGUCAACCCUUCUGUAGGAUAUCCCAAGCAUCUUUGGCUGAUUCACCCUUGAAUGUGUCACUUGCGAUUGCUGACAGUGCUUUGCUGUUAUACUUUCGACUUCUUCUUCUCAGCGUCUGUCCAUUUAUCACUAUCCUUUUCUUGCCCUGCCGCUUCUACUCCUUUCACCCUUUCUCCACAGCAUACCAUGCGUCUUCAUAAAUCCCUCGGUGCAUCUUCACCUUCUUUUAUAGUUCCCUUUCUCAGAUUGGUCGAUGCACAGCAAUCAAUUCCUUAGAUUCCCGCAGUGUGCUGAUCCUCACCUGUUGUAAGUAGUCUUGGUAUUUGGUCGGUAAGUAAAGGUACGGAAAGAGAGGGAUUCGAACCCUCGGUAAACAAAAGCCUACAUAGCAGUUCCAAUGCUACGCCUUAAACCACUCGGCCAUCUCUCCUACAUUAUGACCCAGAAACCUCGAGUGAAUAGCGAGUCAUUUAUAUUCUUGCAGUAAAGGUACAACCACAAACAAUCUAUUAAAAAUGGAAAACCUUUUAGUCAAAGAAAGAUCUUCCUUCGAAGAAAAAAACAAUAAGAAUUGUUACCAUUAAAAAAACAAAAGCACUCUUUCUAUUCAUCUUUGUCAAGACGACGAUCCCGUUAUAUUAUUAUAUUUAUACCGGAUUUUGCCAAUGAAUUGGAACGCGAAUCAACUACUCCCUUCAUGGUCACAUAGUCAUUACAGAAUUUUUUUUCAGGUAUAUAUGUCUUUCUUAAUUUCAUAUUGGUAGUACCUAUUUUUCUAUAUAAAUUCUUUGUGGUUUUUACCGCCCGCCGGUUCGCUUAUCGCCUUUUUUUUCCUCCGUUCACUUUCUCCUUUAUCUUCUUCCUACCUUGCGGGGGUGACUUAGGCGCUAGGGUUAAUACCAUAUUAGAUCGAAUAACUCCUUACCUUUUUUCAAGAGAAGCCUGAUUCUAGUCAGGAUUGAAAAGAUAAUGACGAACCUUAAAUGAAAGGUUGGUCCAAUCUGAGUGCUUAUUGCCUUCUUCUUCGCCUCUCCUCUUCCGCCCGAGCUGAUCCGAAUUCUCCUCUUAGUAUAGGAUUGUUAAUAACUUGACUUAAUGGUUAUAGUCUAAAGGUAGUUCUAUAUUUUUUGUCUUUCUUUAUCAGAGGUUUUUUCCUUAGGCCUUGGGGGGGCGGGGCCUCUUUUUUGAUUUUUUAAUAAAAAAAAGGGGGAGAGGGACCCUUUUUGAUUUUUUAAUAAAAAAAGGGGGAGAGGGACCCUUUUUGAUUUUUGAAGUACAGCCCUACUCUAUAGUGGAGUUAUCUUUUCCCUAUCUAAGCUAUAUCAACAUAGCAAACUAGAAAACUUAUCCGCUUGUCAAUUCUUGGUGUAAUAUGUAAAUGAUUGGUGUCAGAAUUUUUCACCAAUCAGGUGUGAUCAGUCUCAUCCAUGUAAGAAUUAGGAAUUUCUUUUCCAACUCGUCCCAGAAUGGGCGUUAUGGCAAAGAACAAGAAAAAAACUAAAGGAGAAAUUUGUCCAAUAGUAACAAAUGGUGCCUCCACAGGUUGACAUCCGAUCCAACCUAGUAGUAAGCAAUCUGCCAAAAGCAACCAAAAGAUUCCUUGGUGAAUCGGACGAAAACUUGAACUACGCACAUACAUACUUUUAAAAAAAGGUAAAGCCAACA